CGCGACGCAGCAGCCACCACGUGAGCUCGAUGCUCGAUGAUCGCACUGGUUGCUGGCCUCUCGCACUCCCUGCUGGUGGGCGGCCCUCCUACGCGGACAGGCGGCGCGCGCUGCGCCAGCAGCCCGUGCAUGGCCGAGUCGCCUAGGAAGCUCCGUGUCGGCCUCGUCGGUGGCGGCACUGUCGGCGGCGGCAUCGUCACCAUCCUCGAGGGCGCGCGCGAGCUGCAGGCGUCGCUUGGGGUGGACGUGGAGAUCGCGACGAUCUGCGUGCGCGACAAGGCGAAGCCACGCGACUUCCCGCUCCCUGCCGGCUGCGCUGUCGUCGACGACGUGGAGGAGAUCCUCGGCGACGGCAGCAUCGAUCUCGUGUGCGAGGUGAUGGGAGGCACGACGCUGGCCAAGGAGGUGGUGAUGCGCUCGAUCGCGGACGGCAAGCACGUGGUGACGGCCAACAAGGCGCUCAUCGCGGCGGCGCUGCCCGAGCUUCAGGAGAAGCUCGCCGAGGCCAACGCAAAGCAGGUGCUCGGCUCCGAGGGCAAGUUCGGGUUUGAGGCGGCGGUGUGCGGCGGCAUCCCAAUCAUCCACGCGCUGCAGCGAGACUUUUUGGGCGACGAGGUGUCGCAGCUGUCUGGCAUCAUCAACGGCUGCACCAACUUCAUCCUCUCCAACAUGGCGCAGGGAGGCCUCUCCUACUCGGACGCGCUCAAGGAGGCGUCGGCGCUCGGAUACGCAGAGGCCGCGCCGCGCCGCCGCCGCCUCGCCACACGCCACCCCCCUCGCCACACCUCCCCUCCCCACGCCGCCUCGCCUCGCCUCCUCCCGAGAUCAGCCGAGAUCAGCCGAGAUCACCCGAGAUCACCCGGGGACUUAGCCCCGUGCCGCGGCCUCACCGAGGCGGCCGCCACUUCCUUUGAGGCACCACCACUCAGACCACGCAGACGACAUCAACACGUCCUCACCACAGACCGGCUCUCCGCCUUUGUCUCGCCCUGCUUCGUCCCGACCUCCAACACGCUCGCCUCCAUCAGCGGCGCGACCAACGCGGUGCAGAUCGGCUCCGCCAACCUCGGCAGCACCGUCCUGGUGGGGCAGGGCGCCGGCCGGCUGCCGACGGCCAACUCUUGCGUGUCAGACAUCCUCGACAUC